CUAACACACACUCAGAGUGGUUCUCAUACACACUGCAGGAGCAGACCUUCCUGUACUGGGGUGGUAACUGGACAUAGAAGUAUUGAGGGGACUGGAGUAAACAGGGUGUACAGGGUCUAAAGAGACUUGAACUAGCUGGGAGCCACAAGUCAUCAUGGUUAUCCUGCUGGUCCUCACACUGAAGGUUGUCCUCCUCUUAGCUGCUGUGUGGAGUGUGUGUUCAGCAGAGUUGAUCACAGUGGAAGGAUAUGAGGGGGGCAAGGCAGAGAUCAGAUGCCCCUAUAGAGAGGAGUGGAGCCACCAGAAGUACCUCUGUAAAGGGGAUUGUCCUGUUUUUAAUAAAGACAAAGUUAUUACGACUGAGGAGGGGGAAAACAGUGCUUCUAACGGGAGAUACUCGCUGAAGGACAUCAGAGAGGAAAGUGUCUUCAUUGUGACAAUCACCAACCUGACGUUAAAUGAUGCUGGGAGAUACUGGUGUGGAGUGACCAAAUCAUUGGCAGAUGACUACACAAAAGUCAAACUUGCAGUCUCUAGAGUGACACCAACAAUAACUACCACCACAAGAAAACCUGCUACAAAAACAACAGCAUCAAAUCCAGGUUCACCAACGCUAUCAUCCUUAGCCACCUCCAUCUCAUCAUCAUCCAUCUCACCACCAUCAUCCAUCUCAACACCAUCAUCCAUCUCAUCAUCAACACAAAAUGGAUUUGAUACAUCAGUGGUCAUCAUAGUAUCUGGGACUCUGGUCAUGCUGCUAUUGGUGCUUGUGGUCAGCCUGCUCAUAGUAUAUAGAUGGAAAUUCAACAAGGAAACAGCUGACUCCUCAGCACCCAGGGUGAACACAGACACUUGGAUCAACAUAGAGGGUUGUCAUGGUGAUGGUGACUAUGAGGAAAUAAAGGACCGCCCCCUACAGUCCAGUUCAGGUAGUGAGACCACCACCAUCAACUCCACUGCCAACUUACCCACAUGCCGCUCUGACUUCCUCAACUACGCCAGUGUCAACUUCCACAAGAACCCCAGCUGCCCCAAUGAGGCCACUGUCGCCAUUGCUAAAAAAGGCACUUCUUCUGGUGACUAUGCCACUGUCAACAUAAGUCAAAACCCUGCCUACUCUACUGUCAAUCAUCCACACAGCUUCUCUGAGGCUCCUCCCAUCUACUCCACAGUGAGCAAAUCCAGAGACACCUGAGUCACUGGCAACCAAUCACAAGAAACAUGUCAUGAACUGCGUUUGCCACUAACAGCCUCUUGAACAUUGAGCUCUGUUUUUAGCUGACAACUGCAUAAUGUGCUUCAUGUCCUCACAAUGUGUUUCCCUGACUUCCCUCUUCCAUCAGAUGUGUUUCCCAGACUUCUCUCUUCCAUCAGAUGUGUUUCCCUGACUUCUCUCUUCCAUCAGAUGUCUUUCCCUGACUUCUCUCUUCCAUCAGAUGUGUUUCCCAGACUUCUCUCUUCCAUCAGAUGUUUCCCUGACUUCCCUCUUCCAUCAUAUGUGCUUCCCUGACUUCUCUCUUCCAUCAGAUGUGUUUCCCUGACUUCUCUCUUCCAUCAGAUGUCUUUCCCUGACUUCUCUCUUCCAUCAGAUGUGUUUCCCAGACUUCUCUCUUCCAUCAGAUGUUUCCCUGACUUCUCUCUUCCAUCAGAUGUGUUUCCCUGACUUCUCUCUUCCAGAUGUGUUUCCCUGACUUCUCUCUUCCAUCAGAUGUGUUUCCCAGACUUCUCUCUUCCAUCAUAUGUGUUUCCCUGACUUCUGUCUUCCAUCAGAUGUGUUUCCCUGACUUCUUUCUUCCAUCAGAUGUGUUUCCCUGACUUCUCUCUUCCAUCAGAUGUGUUUCCCUGACUUGUCUCUUCCAUCAGAUGUGUUUUCCAGACUUCUCUCUUCCAUCAGAUGUGCUUCCCUGACAUCUCUCUUCCAUCAGAUGUGUUUUCCUGACUUCUCUCUUCCAUCAGAUGUGUUUUCCCUGACUUCUCUCUUCCAUCAGAUGUGUUUCCCUGACUUCUCUCUUCCAUCAGAUGUGUUUCCCUGACUUCUCUAUUCCAGAUGUGUCCCUGACUUCUCUCUUCCAGAUGUUUCCCUGACUUCUCUCUUCCAUGAUAUGUGUUUCCCUGACUUCUCUCUUCUAGAUGUUUCCCUGACUUCUCUCUUCCAUCAGAUGUGUUUCCCUGACUUCUCUCUUCCAUCAGAUGUGUUUCCUGACUUCUCUCUCCAUCAGAUGUUUCCCUGACUUCUCUCUUCCAUCAGAUGUGCUUCCCUGACAUCUCUCUUCCAUCAGAUGUGUUUCCCUGACUUCUCUCUUCCAUCAGAUGUGUUUUCCAGACUUCUCUCUUCCAUCAGAUGUGUUUUCCAGACUUCUCUCUUCCAUCAGAUGUGUUUCCCUGACUUCUCUCUUCCAUCAGAUGUGUUUCCCUGACUUCUCUCUUCCAUCAGAUGUUUCCCUGACUUCUCUCUUCCAUCAGAUGUGUUUCCCUGACUUCUCUCUUCCAGAUGUGUCCCUGACUUCUUUCUUCCAGAUGUUUCCCUGACUUCUCUCUUCCAUGAUAUGUGUUUCCCUGACUUCUCUCUUCCAGAUGUUUCCCUGACUUCUCUCUUCCAUCAGAUGUGUUUUCCUGACUUCUCUCUUCCAGAUGUGUUUCCCUGACUUCUCUCUUCCAUCAGAUGUGUUUCCCUGACUUCUCUCUUCCAUCAGAUGUGCUUCCCUGUUGUCUCUCUUCAACUUGUCUUCAUGUCAUUUAAUUGCAUGUUAAUAUCUGCAGAUAAAUAUUGUCUCACUAUUUGUCAAGCACUUAAAAAGGCAUCACACCUUUUGACCAAGGCAUUAUAACUGUCUAUUAACUGUUUUUUUACACAUUUGUAAAUGAUUAAAUAAGCAUUAAUGAUGUCAUGAUAAACUCCUGAUAAAGGGUGCCUUUAAAAACACCCCUUUUAGCUUGGCCUUUAACCAGUGAUAGUUUUGGACGUCCUCUGAAUUUUAUGUUCUUUAAUUUAUCCUUUUUACUGCUUCCUGUUUGUGUCAAGAUUUUCGUUAUGGGAAGGAGGAGCGGACCAAAAUGCAGCGUGUUUGUGAUUCAUUUUAUUUAAAUCGAGAGACGAGAGACUAUACAUGAAUAAAAUAACAAACAUGCGAAAACCUAAACAGCCCUAUCUGGUGCAAAACACAGAGACAGGAACAAUCACCCACAAACACACAGUGAAACCCAGGCUACCUAAAUAUGGUUCCCAAUCAGAGACAAUGACUAACACCUGCCCCUGAUUGAGAACCAUAUCAGGCCAAACACAGAAAUAGACAAACAAGACAUCCAACAUAGAAUGCCCACUCAGAUCACACCCUGACCAACCAAAACAUAGAAACAUACAAAGUAAACUAUGGCCAGGGCGUGACAGUUUGCUUCUACUUUUUCAUUUGAUUGUUUUAUUGUGAAUUGUGUUGCAAUUGUAAAUGCAAUUUAAAUUAAAGGGGAAGUGCAGUUAAAAACUUGACUUCCCUGUUUUUUUAUGAUAGUGGAAAUAACACUAGGAAAUUGUGAAAUUUAUGAUAAUUACCUUUCUGUGUGAGAGCUGUUUUAAAAGAAUGCCUGGAAUUUCAGCAUGUUCAUGAAGCCACAAUCUGAUCUGAUUAUAAGGGACCAAUGACGGGUCAUCUAGGUAAGUGGGUGGGCUCUAGGCCAUCCUAUCAGCCAAUCAGGGCUGUGUUUGUUUCCUUACGCCCACAUGAUCAAUGGCCAAAAGAGGCUCAGGGAAAUACAUUAUAAAAAAAUAUACAUUUGACUUAUUUUUAUCAAAUAAACACACACAGUAACUAUAUAAAAAUUACAUUGAAAUAACUGCAUGGGGGCUUUAAGUUUGAUUUGAUAUUUUCACAUACAGUAUGUUACAGUUGGUACAAAACAGAGCAGCACAUAUUGCACUUAGAUGUACACAGAGGGCAAAUGUCAAUGACAUGCAUGUCAGUUUCUCCUGACUCAAUGUUGAGGAAACAUUGACUGCAUCACUAUUGGUCUUUGUGCGAGAUGUUGAUGUGUUGAAGCUACCGAACUGUCUGUUUAGGCAGUUGGUUCACAGUUCGGACACUGAUUGGUACCAGACAAGACAACCAGAGGUCUCUUCACAGUCCCCAGGGCCAGAACAGAGGCUGGGAAACACAGUAUUAAAUAGAGCCAUGACUACAUGGAACUCUCUGCCACCCCAGGUAACUCAAGCUAACAGAUAAAAUACCACCUUAUUGCAGGAUGGAGACUGUGAAGAGACACAGACAUGUUUAUGCAUGUUGUAUUGUUUUCUGCAUUGUAUUAUGUGUUGUAUUAUGUAUGUGAUAUGUGGUUAGGAUAUGACUUUGAUAUGUGGUUGUCUCGUCUGGCUGUCUUAAGAUGAAUCCACUGGCUGUGGGUCUCUGUGGAUGGGAGCGUCUGCUGAAUGGCUCAAUUGCAAUGUAAAUGUAGUGCUGUAUAUUUCUGUAUAUUAUGUACUUUAUUUGUUAUUUUGUUUCCUGUUUGGUCCCCAUUGUGAUUUUCUUCAGUACAUAUGUGCAAAUUAUUUAUUUUAGAAGGAGCCAGCAAAACUAGUGCACUCCUUGUGCUCUAGGUCAUUGGACACCAUUAGACAUGCACAUGGUUAUUCUUGUAACUGUUAUGGCCAACUAUGGUUACACCUCUUGGGUCUUUUCCAGAACAGGGGUUCACCUUUGAGAGGAUUCAGCAGGAUGUCAUGUAUUAGUUUAUCCUGUAGAGUGCUAAGGUCUGUUGCUUUGGUCCUACAUGCAUGAAAAUAGUUUUGUGACUCUACAGGUUGCAUGUCCUAAUUUGAAGACAAUAUGAUAAUGGUGGCUAAAUGCCAGAGGUGAUAUGCCAUUAAGAGGAGUUACUAUGAGAAUGAUGUAAGAAGGACAAAUGUAUAAGUAUUCUGUGCCAAGGCUGGAAGGCAGUUGUUUUCAUGAUUCCAGCUCGGCUUUUAUUAUGAAGUAAUAAAAAGUCUAUUUGAACUCA